UGUUUUGUUGACUUCAGUAGUGAGGGAUACAGCAGUAGAAGAACACACUGGGCUGUUCGUAGAACCAGUACAUCGCCAAGGUUCACCUCUCGCUGCUCCUCCAAAGAACAAACCUUUGACUCACUAUAAGGUAUUUUAUUUCCUACUCUGUGGUUGGGAACCACUACCCGACAAGGAGAAUGGAGACGAGUCCCAUUCCGGUGGUGACAGUCCAAACUGCGCCCUUCGAUGACCAGCGCCCCGGAACCAGUGGGUUGCGGCGGAAGACAGUGGUGUUUGAAGGCAGAAAGAAUUACCUGCAGAACUACAUCCAGAGUCUUCUGUCCUCCAUCGACCUGAGGGAUCGGCAGGGCUGCACCAUGGUGGUGGGCAGCGACGGCCGCUACUUCAGCCGAACUGUUAUCGAGGUGAUAGUGCAGAUGGCAGCUGCCAGUGGGAUCGGACGCCUGGUUAUUGGCCACAACGGCCUCCUCUCUACCCCUGCUGUUUCCUGCAUCAUCAGGAAGAUCAAGGCCAUUGGAGGGAUCAUCCUCACAGCCAGCCAUAACCCUGGAGGUCCUGGUGGAGACUUUGGAAUCAAGUUUAAUGUGUCAAACGGAGGCCCUUCUCCUGAUACUGUGAUGGAGAGAAUUCACCAGGUGAGUCGGACAUUGGAGGAGUAUGCCAUCUGUCCUGAUCUCUGCAUUGACCUCUCCUGUCUGGGGAGACAAGAAUUCGACCUGGAAAACAAGUUCAAACCUUUCAGAGUGGAGAUUGUGGACUCAGUUGAUGUCUAUCUACAGCUACUCAGAAAUAUCUUUGACUUCAAUGCCAUCAAAAGUCUCCUCACAGGACCAGACCAGCUGAAAAUACACAUAGAUGCCAUGAAUGGAGUGAUGGGUCCAUACGUACGCCGGAUCCUGUGUGAUGAAUUGGGGGCCCCCGUUAACUCUGCAGUGAACUGUGUUCCUCUGGAGGACUUUGGUGGCUCCCCUCCAGAGCCCAACCUGACCUAUGCCACCACUCUGGUGGAAGCCAUGAAAGGAGGAGAGUUUGGCUUUGGAGCUGCAUUUGAUGCAGAUGGGGACCGCUACAUGAUCCUUGGAGAAAAUGGCUUUUUUGUGAACCCAGCUGAUUCUCUGGCCAUCAUGGCGGCCAACCUCUCUGCCAUCCCUUACUUCAGACAACAUGGCACCAAGGGCUUUGCCAGGAGUAUGGCCACCAGUUCUGCCCUUGACAGGGUGGCCAAAGCCAUGAAACUCGCUCUUUAUGAAACUCCAACAGGCUGGAGAUACUUCGGAAACCUGAUGGAUUCUGGCCGUUGUUCCCUCUGUGGAGAGGAGAGCUUUGGAACAGGUUCUGACCACAUUCGUGAAAAAGAUGGUUUGUGGUCAGUGCUGGUGUGGCUAUCUAUCAUAGCAACCACAAAACAAGGUGUGGAGCAGAUUGUCCGAGAACACUGGGCCAAGUUUGGACGCAACUACUACUGCAGGUUUGAUUAUGAAGGCCUGGAUCCCCGUGCUGCCUUUUACUUGAUGAAGGAUUUAGAAGCUGUGAUCUCAGACAAAGCCUUCACCAACCAAAGGUUUGCUGUGGGUGAUCAUAUUUACAUCGUAGAAAAGGCAGACAACUUCGAGUACAUCGACCCGGUGGAUGGAUCUGUGGCUAGAAACCAGGGUUUGAGGAUCAUCUUCACUGAUGCGUCACGUCUGGUGUUUCGGAUGAGUGGGAGUGGAGGAGGGCUGGGCGCCACCGUCCGCAUUUAUGGGGAGUGUUUUGAGAAAGACCCUGAGAGACAAAGCAGAGAGACACAGGUGGUGCUGGGGCCGCUCAUUGCCAUCGCUCUGAAGAUCUCUGGCAUCCACGAGAGGACAGGACGUCGGGGCCCUAAUGUCAUCACAUGAACCUAGAAGGAAAAUAACACGCAGUAGCAAACACACACACACACACACACACACACACACACAUACAUGUAGUCACCCACCAGCUCACUCCAACUGUAUUUUCUCUUCAGCUUCAGUUUUGUUUGUUUUUAACCAUUGACUAAACACAGCCGGUUUAUUGCCUGGGUUCAUCUUUGAAACAGAAAAUGAAGGUUGUCCAGUGUUAUCUUAACAGUCUGUCGACGGUUAUCUUCUGUCAGCUGAUGGAAAAUAAGCCUAGUUCAGUACCUUUAUGACAAAAACCAUGUAACAAACAACUUAUCAAUUAGCAGACUGACGUUGUGUGUUUGUAUCUGGCCUACGUCUGAGCACGUCAAGAAGUGAAAUGUUCAUGUUUUAAUUCAUGAUGAUUUUUUAUAAUGUGGCAGUUCAUAUUCCAUACUGCUUGUAUCUGAUGUCCCAUACACGGCAUGCCACAGUUUUUUUUGUUAUUUUCUCAAUGCUCAAAAUAAAAUGAUCACACCACAGAAAA